UAGCGAGAGUUACCAGAGGUCAGGUGUGCGUGACGAGUUUAAAAUUCAGUAUCAUUAUUUGGUGUUCGUGAUUGCUCGCUGAUAACGACACAUUUUAGCUGCAAUCUAAGCAAGCCGGCUCUCGUUGAAAAGAAAGCAUUCCGUUCCGUGGUGUGCGUUUCGGGAUCAUUUGUCGACACUGUGUAGGAGAGAUACCAACACUUACCCGCCACACUCACACCCGCCUACUGCGGUGAUAUUCCCGUGCUAAAUACGCGCCAAUCAGCGGUUCCUUCGAUCGCGCGCGACUCGCGACCGUCCAGCAGGUCAUUCCGUAUUGAGCUUUCAGUAGGCAAUCGGUGCUCGUCGUUAUCGGAUCGCGUCGCCUACUGCCCCGGCUCCUAAGGGCUACCGCGAGUGUUUGUGACUGUGCCAUAUAACUUAAAAGCCUGCCUUCUUCACCCCCCCGCUCAACAGGGUUGGUCAAAAUUCUGUCCCUCAGGAAAAAUCCGAAAAAGAUGGCCAACGCGUACGACAUUUUCGGCGGGGUAUGCGUCUUCGUCGUGUCCGUCCAGCUGCUCCGGAAGGUGUUCCCAUGGCUGUACGAGAACCUGCUCGGGCCGAAGCUGUUCGGGUCCAGCAUCCGGCUGAAGGAGCUGGGAUCGUGGGCAGUGGUAACCGGAGCAACCGAUGGAAUUGGCAAGGCAUACGCGAAAGCUCUCGCCAAGAAGGGCCUCAACGUGGUGCUCAUCAGCCGGACCCAGUCCAAGCUGGAAGAGGUAGCGAAGGAGAUUGAAGCGGAAUCCAAGGUCCUAACCAAAAUCAUCACCGCGGACUUUACAUCCGGUCCGGAGAUCUACGACAACAUCCGGGCGCAAACGGCCGAACUCGAGGUGGGCGUGCUGGUCAACAACGUGGGCAUGAGCUACGCCAACCCGGAGUUCUUCCUGGCACUGCCCGACCAGGAAAAGUUCAUCAACCAAGUGGUCACAUGCAACAUCUUCUCGGUGACGCGAAUGUGCACCCUGUUCCUGCCCGGCAUGGUCGAACGGCGCAAGGGAGCGAUCAUCAACAUUUCCUCCCUCUCGGCGGUCAUCCCCGCACCGAUGCUGACCGUGUACGCCGCCUCGAAGGCGUUCGUCGACAAGUUUAGCGAUGACCUUGCAACCGAGUACGUCCGGCACGGUAUCACCGUCCAGUCGGUUCUGCCGGGUCCGGUCGCGACCAACAUGUCCAAGAUCCGUCGAGCCACGUGGAUGUCCUGUGCGCCCAAAACGUUCGUCUCCAGUGCCCUGGCCACGCUUGGUGUUGCCCGCCAUACCACCGGCUACUAUCCGCACUCGCUGCUGCAGCUUGGCAUCGACAUGAUCGGCCUGUUUUCGCCCUACGUCAGUCAGAAGAUCACCCUGAACACGAUGAACAACAUUCGCGCCAGAGCAGUCAAGAGGGCGGCCAAGCUGGCUGCGGAAACCAAAUAAUUCUAGCUUUUCAUUUCCUAGCUUUCUUAGACACGUGUGCGUGAUCUCCAGACAACCGCGUAAUUUAUUUGCGAAAGAGUUCAUUCAUUUCAAGUCUCGUCCGCGAUAAUUGCUUUGCGGAUAUGCGAAGACAGUCCAACAAAUGGCAUUUGUUACAGUUUAGUAGGAAUCGAGGUUUAGUGUAAUAAGUGGAGUAUUUUAACAAAUCAUUAAUACAAAGAUAUGAACCCCUUAGUUUAUGGUUGUAAACAAUUAGAAUUUGAAAAGCGAAAGAU